AGCGAAUGGAGUUACUAGACCAGAUUGAGGAAAACUUGAUCUUGAAAUAACAGAGCGCUGGUACAACGCUUGCUUCGUAUUUAAUAUGGAUUUAAGAGCAAAGUGGAUAUAACAGAAAACCCGGCUGGAGGGACCCGUAUAUCUUAUCUGAGACAUAUAAGAAAGUAACUGUUUUGUCGAGAAGAGAUUUUACAACGUGGACAAAAUGAAAAAAACAUGUUAGCAUUACGCUAAUGCUAAUAUCAAACUAGCAUUUGUGGAAUGAGAGAUAUGGGGACACAGUGGUGGCAAAAUUGAUAUAAAGCGACGGACUAUGAGCUCUUCUAAGAUUAAAGUCAACUUUGCUCUACAUUCGAAGAGCAUAUUUAUACGGGAUCUACCGCUGGGAAUCUUCGAAACUAGCUCGUAAACCCAAGAGUGGCAAUGUCACGUGAUGGAUGGUCAUGAGAUUUAGCGGCUAGACUGGAGAACCAUGGAACAGGUUGAGCAACCUACCUCAGGAAUAAAAUGUGACAGCUCUGCGAAACUAGCAGAGGGCCGGGGGAACGUGGAAUUGACGGGAAUUAUGGAAGGCCAGGCGUCUCCACAGCCAGAUGGAGAAAUGCACUCUGCGCAGAUUCUUGAAGACACAACAUGUGUAGGUGUGCAGGAGGGCGGGUCUGUAUCCUCAGACUGUGGAGGCAUGUCAGACCUUCAGGAGCCCGGCUCAGGUUCUGGUGAGGAGGUGGAGAGCAGCGAGGCUUCUGACCCCACGGGAACAGAGGUCUCACCCGGCAGCAAAGGGUCCUCGGUGACGAAUCUAAAGAAUGGAGGUGGUUCGGAACAAGAGGGUCCUCAACCGAAGAGCAAUGUUCCUGUAACAGCUCAAAACUUACAAGAUCCAUUACCGGCCCCCCCCCUCUCGCUGUCUGACCAGUUACGGCUCGGCCGGGAUGACACCAAUAAUUUAGGUCUAAAUGUUGAAUGUCGCAUAUGUGGAGAUAAAGCCUCGGGAUUUCACUAUGGAGUUCAUGCUUGUGAAGGCUGCAAGGGAUUUUUCAGACGCACCAUUCGUAUGAAGCUGGAGUAUGAGCGAUGUGAGCGUGCCUGUAAAGUCCAGAAAAAGAGCAGGAACAAAUGCCAGUACUGCCGCUUCCAGAAAUGCCUGGGUCUGGGCAUGUCUCAUGACGCGAUCAGAUACGGGCGCAUGCCGGAAGCUGAGAAGAAGAAGCUAGUGGCGGGACUACUCGCAGGGGAGAAUCUGCCGAACUCGGGGGGCGCUGACCUCAAAAGCCUAGCCAAGCAUGUUAACACAUCUUACCUGAAGAACCUCAACAUGACCAAAAAGAAAGCACGGAGCAUCCUCACGGGAAAGACUACCUGCACAGCGCCUUUUGUUAUCCAUGACAUGGACUCGCUGUGGCAGGCUGAAAACGGGCUGGUCUGGAAUCAGCUCAAUGGAACGCCACCGAACAAAGAGAUCGGGGUCCAUGUCUUCUACCGCUGCCAGUGCACAACAGUAGAAACUGUACGAGAACUCACAGAGUUUGCCAAAAACAUCCCCGGCUUUGUGGAUCUCUUCCUUAAUGAUCAGGUAACGCUGUUAAAAUACGGAGUCCAUGAGGCCAUAUUUGCAAUGCUCCCAUCUCUAAUGAAUAAAGACGGGCUGCUUGUAGCUAAUGGAAAGGGCUUUGUGACGAGAGAGUUCCUGCGGAGUCUGCGCAAACCAUUCAGUGAGAUCAUGGAGCCCAAGUUUGAGUUUGCGGUCAAAUUCAAUGCUCUGGAGCUCGAUGACAGUGACCUGGCUCUGUUUGUGGCAGCCGUUAUACUGUGUGGAGAUCGUCCUGGACUGAUGAACGUAAAGCAGGUGGAGCAGAUCCAAGAUGGCAUCUUGCAAGCUCUUGAUCAACACCUUCAGGUUCACCACCCUGACUCUCCUCAUCUCUUUCCCAAAUUGCUUCAGAAAAUGGCUGACCUGAGACAGCUGGUCACUGAAAAUGCCCAGUUGGUUCAGAUGAUCAAAAAGACUGAAUCUGAAACCUCUCUUCACCCACUUUUACAAGAAAUCUACAAAGACAUGUACUGAACGGAAUACUAAAGUCACAGACUCAAGAACCUGACAGGAGAUUGGACUCCUGAAUUCCCUCCUGUAUAGAUAGGGUGCACAAGUUUUAAUGGCACUUUUGGUGCCGUGGGAUUUUUUAAAGAAUCAUUUUGUAAAGGACUUUUACAAAUUUUGGGUUUGAAUACUGACUUUAAUUUGAUCUUGAGGAGUGUUUCUUUAAACUUAAAUCUGUUCUUAUAUAAAGGACAUUUCAUCUAGCUAUUGUUUACCGCUUCAUGUUGUUGUUCACUUACCUGAUGAGGGCUUACACCUUUAAAAGUGGUCUUGUCCAUCAUGAUUUUGGUUAGCAAGUACAUUUAGGGGAUAUGGUAUGCUAUUUUGAGGACAGAGCAGAAAGACGGUGGAAAGCUUGACUUGCCAUAUAUAGUUUGUGUUUUGUGUUGGUAGGGCCUUUCCUUUAGAAAGUAAUUCUAUUUUCCCCUUUGAUUCUGUUUGAUUUGGUUGUGUUAAAGGUAUAUUCCUCAUAUUAAAGUACAGCAGUCAGUUAUGUUAUUUUGGAUUAUGUUACUUGGUUGUCGUUUUCAGUGUCAGCUGCUACAAAUAGAUUGGAAUUGAAGCUGAAGACCAAUCUUAUUUUUAUUAAUUCACUUAUCAUGUAGACUUUAACUCUUUCUUUGUCAUGAGCCUACAAACCCUUUUUUAGGGGUAUGGAAGGACAUAUGGGCUCAUCUUUUCAGAUAUGCUUAUCUCUGUUAAGUACUGGUACCAUGACAGUACUUGUAUUAAAACAUACUGUCACAAGGUCAUAUUUACCCCUUAAGACCUCAAGUAUAUUUAACUGUUUCCUUGAUAACCAGUUGUAUUAAAUUAGGUCUUCCAUCCAUUUGCUGAAGUUCCUCAGAUGAUGAAUUUUCAAGGGCAAGAAGAUAAGUUUGAUAAGUUCUAUGCAUAUUUUCUGAAUGAAUAAAAACAUGCAAGCUACGGUUACAUUCAAACAUUACGGUCAGUUUGUUUUAUAGUAAACAUAUAAACCCUAAACUUUUAUUCUUUAAAAUUAGUUGCCUUAAUAGUACAAGUGACAUGGUGCAUCAGUUACUAAUGGUAAUUACUCAUUUGGACGCUUCUAAGUCAAAAACAAUGAAAACUCAAAUUUGUGAAUUUAACACAAAUGUAACAAUGAAGAAUGUCUGAUUUGUUACAUUGAUUUUUUUAUUGUUAUGAGGUGCAACACAUCUACCAUUUCACAUUUAGAAAUAAAUCUAUGAAUCAGAUAUAUGAAUUGGAGAUUUUACCUCGAGUCUGAAAUGACAAUUUCUGAUGUAUUUAAUUACUGUAUGGCACUUUAUAUCAAAGAUGUAUGGUCAAUGUGUAGAACUCGUUGCUGUGAAACUAACUACAGAAAUGUAUUUAGGAGGGAUUCACACUAUAAUAGUGGACUGAUUGUCAAUACUAUGCCACCCUGAAGAUGUUUAUCAAUCAUCAUUGCAUUUCCACUAAACCUAUACCUAUCUAGUCUGACCCAACUCACAAAUGUCUUUGUGAACAAAAGAAAUCAAAAAUCACGUGUUAUGAUUUGUGGAAUAUUAUUUUUCACAGUAAAACAUUUCUGAAUAUU